CUAUUUGUGUUCCAAGAAGUACCUGUGUUAGUAGUUGAGUCAUCAUAGCUCGGGUAGACAAUCAUUACUCGCACUUUUUCCCGUUAUCCAUAGGCAAACAUAUCACCUUUAUACUUUUCGUCAACAAAUCAGAGUCAUCCCGUUACCACGCAUAUUAUCAUAGCAAAACAACACACAGACAAAGAUCAUGCCUUCACGCAGAGGCCUACCGACGCUCUCCAUCUUCUCUCGACACUCAGCACCUCCGUCCACGUCGCCCCCGCAACCGUCGCCUAGACAGUCUUCGUUACCACCUCUGACGCCCCCAGCUCGCCUGCACCUCCGAAAUCUCCUCCCAACGUCUCCAGAAGGCAUGCCCACGCCUCCACUCCCGCCUCGUCAGCCGUACGCCUGGUUAUGGCAGUGCCACUCCUGCAAUACCGUCUACCGAAUCGGCUGCACUCGCCGAUGUCUCGUGUGCUCCCACGAGUACUGCGUCUCAGCCGGCCCCCCGAAAGUCACGCGAGGCAAGAAACGCCGCCGCAAUAGCGGGAUGUGCGCUUCUGAGUUCGACUACAGCGGCUGGGCCGAGUGGGGAGCGUGGCGUCGCAAGGUGCUCGGCCUGGAAGUCGGCGGACGGGUGGGGCAGAGGCAGCGCGAGCAAGCUUUCUGCGACAGGACGCACAGCUGCGCGGUCGAUUGCGAUUACCCGUCCGAGUGCCACCAUGAGAGGUACAGGCUGCACACCGAAGCGCUCGAGAGGAGGAUGCACGAAGAAUCGGAAGAGCUGGAGGAGCCGCACUCCCCGUCGUUCGACACGAGCAGGACUUUAAGCACGGAUGACAGGCUGUCGCUAAACGAGGCUGUGGAGUUAAGAGAGAGGCAGGACGAUGGUGAGGAGCAGAAGAGCCCUACCAGUCCCAAGAGCCCCCUGAGCCAAACUAGCUUCUUCUGGGACGAGCCGGAGCCGAAGGAAAAGGAGGAGAAAGCGUGGUGGGUCGACAGCGAGAGGAAAGAGAAGAAGCGCAAGACUAAGUCUCAACAGAAAAUCGAGCAACUCACUGGCCUCGGGAUCAUCCCGGAGGAAACGAGUGGCGGCAUGGAUCCUGAAGAGUUACGUGACCUCAUAGAAGAGGAUAAGGAGAUGAUGCCUCUUGAAGUCGUCGACGAUACUUCGAGUCGACGAUGUAAAUCGAGACUUUCAUGUCGAGAACAUCCUAAACAUAGGAGGAAAAUGGUCGUUAGGAACCCCACCGAUGCAGAUAAAUGGGAGGACUGGGAAGACUCGUCAGAUAGCGAGUCGGACGGAAGUUCUCUGCUAUCAUCACCAUCUUCGUGUUCUUCCUUGGACGGCGAAUGGCUCUCGGCCAAUGAAACGGCUUCCGCUUCUGAGAUCAACAGCAAGGAGUCCCGUGGAAGAAGUGAAGAUGAGCUAGAGACGGAGGUAGGAAGGGAAUUGGACGCACUGGUUAAGGCUGGGAAGUCAUUCUUGCGGGAUUAGCAUAAGGGUAGUGUCAUGGUUUGAUGGUGUUUUUAUGAUAAAUUACGAUCAUGGUAAACGGGAUAUGAAGAGAGUUUAUGAAACGUCUUAAUUCGGAAUGCUCUUAACUUGAUGGCUGCUUGGCGAUGAUGAGAGUCUCCUACAGCGUGAAGUGCUACCAAUGGCUUCAUUCGUA